CACAGCUCUGUCUGCAGCUUCCCCGUUUAUCGGUUGAUCAAUGCGGCGGUUGACUUCUGCCUUUCGCUUCCUGGCUCUACUUAACGUUCUUAACAGUUCUGACAUUUAUGAGUGAUUGAUUGGCAUCAUGACGGCCAACAGCCGCUGUUCCGCCGCAGAGCCUCCGGGUCUGGAGACCCAGCGGCGGGAGAUCGAGUCUCUGCUGCGGGAGUGUGAGCUCCGAGCUGGAGACAGUUGGUAUGUGGUGGAUCGUCGUUGGUUUGAACAGUGGAAGGAGUUUGUGGAGACCGGGGACCAGAACUCGUCGUCUUUCCCUGGUCAGAUCGACAACAGCGAGCUGUUCGAAGACCUGGACUCAUACCACCUGAAAGAGCGGCUGGUGGAGAAUGAGGACUUUGUGUUGGUUCCGGCUGAGGCCUGGCACAAGCUGCUGGUCUGGUACGGCAUGGUGGACCAGCAACCACCGCUGGAGCGCAAGGUGGUGGACCUGCCCAGCACUCUGAAGGUGGAGGUUUACCCCGUUGAGAUCUUCCUCUGUCUUCAUAGCAACAUGGAAAAAGUCAUCACGGCUCAGUUCAGCCGCACCGACAGCAUACAUUCGAUCCAAAGGGCCAUGUGUCAGGAAUUCUCUGUGGCCCCGGGCUCAGAGUGCCGUCUGUGGAUGAAGAGUUCAGACAGCAGCUGUGAGCGUCUCAGGAAUGUCCAAGUGAGCGUGUUGGACGCCUGUUUGAGCUCAGGGAUGACGGUGAUUAUGGAGAUGAGGAAUGCCGAUGGCACCUGGCCGAGCUCCAGACCUCAUAUCAUGAGGAACUCUGUGGAAGAGCAGGACUCGUACAGAGGACAGCCAGGAGUCUGCGGCCUCACCAACCUGGGCAACACCUGCUUCAUGAACUCUGCUUUACAGUGUCUGAGUAACGCUCCUCCUCUGACGGAGUACUUCCUGCAGAACUCCUACCUGGAGGAGCUGAACUUCACCAACCCUCUUGGCAUGAAGGGAGAGAUCGCAGAGGCCUACGCCGACGUCAUCAAACAGAUCUGGUCCGGGAGGCAUUACUCUGUGGUGCCUCGAGUCUUCAAGACGAAGGUGGGACACUUUGCGUCUCAGUUCCUGGGUUACCAGCAGCACGACAGUCAGGAGCUGCUGUCCUUCCUACUGGACGGGCUGCACGAGGACCUGAACAGAGUCAAGACCAAAGAGUACAUCGAACUACGAGACGCCGAUGGGCGACCAGACCAGGAAGUGGCGGAGGAGGCAUGGCGUAACCACCGGCGGCGAAACGACUCCGUCAUUGUCGACACGUUUCACGGCCUCUUCAAGUCGACACUCGUCUGUCCCGAGUGCCACAAAGUCUCCGUGACCUUCGACCCCUUCUGCUACCUGAGCGUCCCGCUUCCUGUCAGCACGGAUCGCAUCAUGGAGGUCUUCUUCGUGUCUCUGGACCCUUAUGCCAAACCUGCCCAGCACCGUGUUGUGGUUCCUAAAGCUGGCAAAGUGUCGGACCUCUGCUCUACUCUGUCAGAGAUGACCAACAUACCGCCCACUCAGAUGGUGGUUGCUGAUGUGUUCAAUCAUCGUUUCUAUAAGAUCUACAAUGCUGAUGAGUCUCUGAGCUGCAUACUAGACCGAGACGACAUCUUUGUGUACGAGCUGAGUGUGCUGGAGGAGCAGCAGGAGGAGCAGGUGCUGCUGGCUCUCUACCUGAGGGAGCGCUCUCACUACAGAGACUACGGCUCGGGCAGCAGCUCGUACGGGACGUCGCUGUUCGGACACCCGCUGCUGCUCAACGUGCCGCGCAGCAGCUGCAGCCAGGAGGCGCUCUACAACUUGUUCUUGCAGCGACUGGCGCGCUACGUUCGGCCCCCGGAUCCCUCUGAGGAGUUGGAGGAGGAGGAAGAGGAGGAGGAGGAUGAAGAAGAGGAGCUGUACAAGACUCAGACCAACGGCAUCAGUGACGAUGAGGAGCAGGAUGCGAAUCCCGGACCCUCCCAGUCAGAGCCCAGCUGCAGUGAUGCGUCUUCAAACAACCAAUCAGACGGCACCGCUGCAUCGGAACCCCAGCCCCACAUAAACCACACCCAGCCCUCGCUGGACCACGGUGACUCAGAGACCAGUAACGGCUCCAUGACCCAGACUGAGCCCGUCUGCAGCGCGGACAACACCCCCACCAACAGCACGGACGACAUGAAGCCCUGUGGAGACACAGAGAGCACCGGCGACACUGUGGCCUGCUCAGACACACCAGCAGAGACGGCGCAGCAGCCCUGCGAGACCACAGAAGAACAGAACGAAGAGGACAAGCAGGAGGAAGCGUGUUCUCCCAGCCCACCAGCCAAUGAGCAUCCAGCUAAGAGGAGGGCGUGUCGAAAGAGGAGGAAGAAUCUCUUCACCAUCCAGGCAGUCAACUCCAACGGGACGACCGAGAGAGGGAUGGGAGAGGGAGGGAGCGCUGUGUCCUUCAGCUCUCAGCCUUACGUGGCCAUAGACUGGGAUCCUGACAUGAAGAAGAGAUUCUACAAUGAGAACGAGGCAGAGAAGUACAUGAAACAUCCCAGUAUGGAGGUUCCUCAGCAGCAGACGACGGUCCAGCUGCAGGAGUGUAUCGAGCUGUUCACCACUGUGGAAACACUGGAGGAGGAGAACCCAUGGUACUGUCCAGUGUGUAAGAAGCACCAGCUGGCCACGAAGAAGCUGGACCUCUGGUCUCUGCCCGAGGUUCUCAUCAUUCACCUCAAGAGGUUCUCCUACACCAAGUUCAGCAGAGAGAAGCUUGACAGCAUUGUGGACUUCCCCCUCAAAGACCUGGACUUCUCUGACUGCCUCCUGAGGAAGAAUGUGUCCAAUGAGGAGCCUCCGAGCCGCUACGACCUCAUCGCUGUGUCCAAUCACUACGGAGGACUCCGAGACGGACACUACACCAGCUACGCCAGGAACAAGGAUAAUGGUCAGUGGUAUUACUUUGAUGACAGCAAAGUGACCUACGCCAGAGAGGAUCAGAUUAUGACCAACGCUGCCUACGUCUUGUUCUACCACCGACAAGACAAACUCAGAAAACCCACUCUGCCCGCGCCCAACACAAGCCCCGCCUCUUCCACCCAGUCCGCCAAUGACAUCACUUCCAGCAAAGAUGAGGACACAGGUGCUGCCGCCUACGUCACAAUGGAGACGGACUAAACCAACGCUCACUAUCGAGUUUAAUUCACUUUGGUCCUUCAACAGAACAGCAGGUGUUCUUUUCUCUUUUAACGUAAUUUUAAGUUUUGAAUUUUAAUUCUCCGACGACACUUGAACUUCCUUUGAUUACUUAUUUUUCCCCCCAGUUUCUAAAAACAGCAAAAAGCACAUCUGCGUCUCAGAUCUCCCCUUUUACGUUAUUUCGGUUUUCUCUGCUCGGUAGAUAAUACUCAGGUAGUUUGACGCACAGAGAUCGAGGAGUUUGAUUUUAGCCCGUUGGUCCUUAAAUAUCAAAAUGUAGUCAAAAGUUAACCUGCUGCCCUAAUAGACACCUUUUACAGAAUUAAUUUCAAUUUUUUCUGCCUUAAAUCACUUAGAUUAGCCUUCAAAGAGAGUUCAGAGUUAAGUCAUUGGCUUAUAGCAAAUAAAUUUACAUAACAAAUUAUUCAAAAUAAAUUGAGCAUAGUGAAUCUGCUGAUUCUUUUUUUUCUCAAUUUUAUUUAUUUUAAAAAAAUAAUAAAAUAAAAGUGAAAACUUAACUUCAUCCAUCCAAAUGAAUAUUUAGUUCAAUUAUAUUCUGACUUCUAGUGUUUGGAGAAUUCAGAUUCUUUAAUUAAACAAAAGUUCAACUUGAUUUUAGCAGAAAUAAAAACUGUUGGAAUAAACAGUAGUUUUGCUUUAUAUCUGUGUAGGUAUGAACAGCGUGGGGCAGCGUAAAGGGAAUCUGAGGAGUCAGAGGAGGAUACAGUUAAAUACUGAUCGAAGCCGUCAGGGAUGAGAAACUGAUCAUUCUGUAUAUUUAGGUUGUUUUCUUCUGGUAUUUAUUUUUUUGAAUAAUUCCGAUGAUCGACAGGUGCAGGACAUUGAGAUGCUUAUUUUUCAUAUUUAUAGAUUAAACAUGUAUACAGACGAAGAGUUGAUUGACAGGUAAGGGAGGCGAGGGUUUUCUCUUCAUGGUCAGAAGGAACUCUCAGAUUUUAAAACCAGCUCUGUGUACAGUAUUUUUGUAUUGUAAGUAUUGUAUUAUUAAUAUUAUCAUUCCUGGGUGGAGCAGGAGGGAAGCUUGGGGUGAUUUCUUUCUUUGGUCUUCCCUAUCAAAUAUCAGAUGAAAAUAUUUUAUUGUACCUUUCAAUCUUUUGAUAUGAAUAAAAGGGCGAUUAUUAUCACA